CGAAGCAGCAACGCAGAAUCCAACUCCAUCUCGAUGAAUUGUGUGGAGUGUAGGUGCAGGUACAAUGCUGGGAGAGACUGGGUGUGUGUGGUAGACAAGGUGAAUUGAUGAUGCCGCCCGGAUAAUGGGAUGGUGUGUAUGAAACCAGUUGCACAGAGGGAGGUGGGUGUGGGUGCCCAGGGCAAAGUCAAAUGCCACUUUCAAAGUCUCUAUGUUUGAUGACUGGCAGUUCCUAGCCCGAUCCGGAAAAAGCGGUUAGCUGGAUAGUGGUUCGAUGAGAUACCUAUCCUUUGUCUCUGAGUGAAGGCUGCCCUGUGAAACAGCUACUUGAACUGAUCCUAGUUACCCGGACAAAGAAGGGCAUGAUGGAUCUGGGGUUGAUAGGGCUUUGUUGUCCAAGACCUAAAAUAUACAUCUCAUCAUCAAUCGGGUAGCUACCUUACCUACUUAAUUUGCCUACACGAGCUCAUAAUAAUCCAGACAUUGGUCACAACUGCCCCUCACACCGGAGUACCGAGGUUUUCUCUAAACCGCCAUAAUGGCAUCUCCGAACGACAGCACAAUUCGCGAUGAUUCCGGCUUUGUGGGCGUCCAACGCUCUACAGAUACACCUUUUGGCGAGAAGAUCGAAGAGCGAGGGUGGAAAAACAUGACGCUGGUAGCCUUUCCACUCGAGCGGCCCGAGGUGGCCGAAAGAGAAGCUUACAAAAAUGAAUCGCCUGUUACCAACAAAUCCCUCAUCUGGCUACAGGCUCGUCCCAAGGGCUUUGUUUUGAUCCGUUGGUUUACUCUCCCGAAGUACGUGACCAAAAAUGGUGUGAUGGUAGGGCUGUUCCACUCUGUGGACAAACCGGAGGAGCAGGUGGUCAUCAAACAGGUGCUGGGCAAUAUCUCGUGGCGGUUGUCGAGCAAUGUCAACGGAAUCAUACCAGAGAUUGAGUACAUGACUUUGGACGACCCUGCAGCGUACAGAUCGCUAGAAUAUGACCCUAUUCUGUAUCCAAUCUCGCAGAUGUAUGCAGUUCAGAUACAUGAUUACGGAACCAGACCCGACAACGACAUUAAAAACUGGCACGGAGACUCACAGUCAACCAUGUUCAUGAAAUACUACAAUGGCGGCUCGCUCUGGGAACUCCUGGAGAAUUACAAGAAAGGGCGCUUGUCUAAAAAUUUGGAGCGUACAGGAGCCGAGGAUGUCCCCGAGGAAUUCAUCUGGCAUUUCAUCGCCCAAGUCGGGCGGGCUUAUGCCUACUUGCACACAGGCCAUGUGAAAUCUCCAGAGGAGAACCUCCGGAAUAACAACCACUUGAAGACCGACUUGAAGCAUCCAACGUUGAAAGAUUGGGUCUCGAUUGGCCACAAUGACGGCCACUUACACAAUAUUUGGCUGCACUACCCUUCUGCUGAAGAAAAACAAAAAGACCCACGACUCGAGAACUUUAACGCCUGUUUUCCACAGAUUCACCUUGCAGACUUUGGCCUGGCGUGCGACGUGAAACAUGAUGUUCACGGUGAAUACAAGGCAAGGUUGAAAAGGCUUCCAGAGCCGGGGACGUGGUUUGACAAGAUGUAUUUCGGUGUGAUGCUGAAGACACUGUUGACUAUCUCUGAAAAACGCAUCAAAGCGUGGGGUCUGGGCAGAGAGCUAGCCUUUCACGUUGCCGAACGGGAGCAAGCCGGCGAUGAGAUCAAAUUUCCCUUUACCAAACUCGCAAGCUCCAAGAAGUUGCGAGCAAAAUACAGCGGAGAACUGCUUGAUCUCGUGGGGAAGUUUGAGGAUAUGUUGGAUUUCGCAGCCGAAGAAUACGACAACACGGCGGACAUGAAGGAAGCGACAUGUGCAUGGUGGACCGAAUUUACUCAAACCAAGAAGGUACAAAGGGAAAGACGCUGGGAGGAAUGGCCCAGCAACGACUGGCUUUACGGACAUGUCAUUGCGUUGGCCGACUAUAAACUGGAUCAGCAUAGAAGGGCGAAGGACAAAAGGGAUCGCCCGGUCAUGUGGACCAUGGGCAUCAGGGGCGGGAUGCCUUAUCGGGCUUAUGACCCGCAGCGAUGGCCUUUCACUGCUACCCAGGACUUUCAGCAAGCUCACAUGGCUCUCGUCGCGAUUAGGGUACACACGUUUCCUUUUUGGCCUUCCCGGUCGGCUGUCAUCAUGGUUAUGGAAGCCCGCGGUGGGAAGUACAAAGACCUCGUCCGAACAAUUCACCGGCACAACAAAAUAUUGAAUGACCGACGAAAACUGCUCAAAAUAGCCGAGAAGAAUUACAUGUAUCCGUUCAUGAACAACUUUUAUGUGAAGCCGCUGAUCACCGCCCCCCAGACCGGGACGUCCACCCCUUCGCAUGCACAUCAGUCUUCAAGCCCACAACAGUCUGGAAGGUCACAGCAGUCCUCGAGCUCGCACCAGUCGUCAAUCCCAACUGUGAGCACCAACUCCCCGCUUAGAGAUGCUGCCAUCGUGGCCCGAGUGAACAAGCCAGUCUGGGAACUAUAUCCCUUCAUGGCCAGGGAGCUUAGUACUCUCGACAUCCGGAGAUCCCGCCAGAUCGACAUUGCCACACGUGGGAAUCUUCCCGACAUUGAUAAGAGGACACUUGCCAUUGUGGACAAACAUGUGAAGAAUAUUUUGGCGGCGAGAAGCUCUUUUUGGGCCGAGGUGGAGCGCAGAAAGGUCAAGCACCUACAGGAGGAAAAGCAUCAUGAAAAUUCCAUUUUUGAGGGCAGGAAGGCUGAUUAUAGCUUGGCUCAUGUUUACAAGGAGAGAAACAUAAACACCCAAAUCAGCAUGCAUCACGAGUUCGACCGCAAGCAUAACGAUACCAUCCGUAGGAUUGACAACGAAGUUCGAUUCUUGGAAAGCCUCAUGGAAUGGUGGAAGGACCAGAUAUCGUUCAUCAACAAUCAACAAUUCACAGAGGGUGGCACUGUGCCUGUGCACCGUGAUUUCAAGAGCAAGCCCGGUCUUUACGAUGAGUGGAUGUUAGAGGCCGAGCACGAGCAGUCAAGCUCUGCCGAUCCUGAUGGGAAAUCCACGAUCCUGCCAGACCCGAAUGACCCCUCAUACGAAAAUAGGGCACUUGACCGCCUGGAAAAAUACUGCGAAUACAUUUUGAGAACAGGGUUCUUCGAAAACCCAGACAUGACCCUCAAAGAUGUCACAAACCUGCCGGCAUUUUGGGCAGCUGAUGAUACGAUACUACUCGAGGCAGAACAAGCUGCAGAAAACUCCUUUGCUGAUGGGUUAUCGAUGUCGGCUGACGAGGAAUCUGUCACACCUCUUAGAAACUUGUUUAAUGCGCCGGGCGAUCUGGACGACGGGAGAAUGGACCAGACUAUUCAAGACAAUAUAGAUGCUGCUGAGGGGAACUCGUCAUACAUUGAUUCCAGUGUGAGGCGCUCCACUCCCACGACGAAGGGAAUUCCGCUGGCCGAGUACUACCGCAAGCUCUAUGCCGGUGAAAACCCUUGGGCUGGAGAGGAAGACGCUGGCGAUGGCGAUGACGCUCCUACGAUGGCUAAGAUGUCGAGCGUCAUGACUCUCCAGGUCCUGAGCGAGGAUGAAGAUGGCGGUACCAAUACACUGUCUAGAAAUCUGAAUAUUCCCACUUGUCAGGGGAGGUUGGUGGCACAAACUCUGCCUGGAAGGUAUCAGGGCACCACGGUACCGAGCCAAGGACCAAAGACGUCUCAAACCAGGACCAUCACCCACAGCGUUGAUUCAGCACUGGGCCCAGCUUCUGAGAAAUUCUGUCAAGGUCCUAGACCAUGGACUUCACUGGAUGACUUUAUGCGCAGUGGAAUAGAAUCUCGUCUUUUCGGUCCAUUGCCAGUACAAACUUUUGAUCCCAAGCAGUGUAUACGAGCAUGGCAUCUGAGGCUAGAGGGCGACAGCACUCCAGAGGAGUAUGUGAGGAAUGGAAUGGACAAGGCCGUACAGCACGCGAUACGGGUGGAGGAGGAAUUACAAAAUGGGGCUUGGGAUGAUGGGGCUCCAACAUAUCAGCAGCGUGCAAAAGGGGUGCCAAAGGAUGGGUGGAUCACAACCAUCGGUGGCUUUUCUCCCAAUCAGCUCGAGGAACAGAGACUCCCUACGUUGGAGGAGCUGGAUAGCGCAGUGAACGACAACCCAAUCUUCAUCUCCACAUCCUUUUCUGGUCCGGCUACCACAAAUACAAAAGGCAGAGAGAUCUUGGAAAGAGAGGCUAGCGUGGUGAUAGCGACGAAUGGAAGUAUUGCAUCUGGACUGGAAAAUGGAAAAGCGCUGUUGUGGCUGAGGCAGAGCUUGUUGGGGUUUGAGGAGAGGAAGAGGAGCGUGAGGAGUGCAAUGGAGUAUGCAGCCAGCGUCGGAGUGACAACACACCUGGAUCAAGGGGCCUUCAGUGCGACCAACACAUCCUCGGACGGUGCUGCCUCAGAAGAUCUGUAUACCUUUCAUCUUCCUUGGCUCUCGGUGUACAAUGACCUCGACGGCAUCAUCCGGCUUCGCAUAAACUUCCUUCACGAUGACACAACGACAGAAAACCCUACUCUUGUAGAGCGCCUGCGCAACACGUUCCCUUUUUUUGGCAAUGACAUGAUGCGUACCGGUGCCAUCGGCGAGUUCGCCGUCGGGAUCGCAGACUACGCCGGCGGGCCCGUCUUUGAAGCUGCCGCCCUUAAAAUAGCCAAGGCAGGGUGGCGGCUGGAGGUACACGCUCUUGGAGAAAAUGAUCUCAAAACACAACUAGAGGGCUUUGAAAAGGUCGACGCCGAAGUCUCCAUCAAAAACCUACGCUGGGUUGUCGCCCAUGUGCCAAGGAUCUCGACAGAUUCUCUCAGAAGACUAAAGGCAUUAGGGGCGGGUGUGAAUGUUUCUGGCUGGCUCUACCUUUCAGGGAUAGGUAACACAACAAACCCCGCCGGACCUCCUUUUCGAAGAAUCCUGGACAGUGGAAUCCGUGGAGGGUUCGGUCCUGAUGGGGCGAACAUUGCUCCCUUGAGCCCGUGGCCUCAUGCGUAUUAUGCAAUUACUGGAAAAAACGCCAAAGGAGAGCUCAUCAACCCCGGCCAGUCAAUCAGCAGACAAGAAGUUCUGGAGCUCUUUACGAAACGCAACACUUGGUUCUUAGGCGGGCCUGACGAGCAUAGCUUGGGUAUUCUCGAGACAGGAAGGCUGGGUGAUGUAGCAGUGCUUAGUGAGAACUACUUCACAAUUCCGGAGGAAAGGAUCAAACAGUUGAGAAGUGUGUUGACGGUAGUUGGAGGAGUGGUGGUUUGGGAUUCAGGGGAAAUUUGAUGUAGCAUGCUUGUAUGCUAGGUAGGAGAUCAACAAUAUUCAACUUUUAUUCAAGAUCAGCGCAAUGAACAGUUAC